AUGUUCGUCCCCAAUAGAGGCCUCCACGUGGCCAGCAGAGCUCUUGCCAGAAGCAAGCCUUUAACUUUUGGUCCUACUGCCGAUAUAAAGCUCAGGGAGCCAAUCGUGCCUAAGCAUACCAACUUCGAUGUUUCUCCAGACCAUCCAUUAUGGGCCUUCUUCCCUAAAGGUAACAAGACCGAGCGUGCUUUACAAACCCAUGAUGAGGUUGCAAAAGAUGUCCGUGCUUGGACUAUGCCUGAGUUGCGUAGGAAAUCGUUUGAAGAUUUACAUAAGAUCUGGUACUUGACUUUGAAGGAAAGAAACAUAAUCGCUACGGAGCUCCAUGUCGCAAAAGCCACGGGAAACUCUACAUACUUUGGUGCGCUGAAGGAACUGCUCAAGUUAACGCAAAAGAGAAUCAAGCAGACUCUUCUUGAAAGACAAACAGCCAUCGAGAAGGCCCAGACAUUGACUGAUGAGAUUUCCGCGUACUUGGCUGAGUUCGAGGAACAGUACGUGAACGCCAAUGAGGCAGACACUUCGCUCAUUAAUGACAAACUUGUUCGUUUGCAGUAUGCUAUCUUUGGUAUUGAACCUACCCUUGAAGACUACGACUUGGACAGAGACAUCACUGUCAGGUUCGUGGAUGGUCUCAAGUACGUUGCAAACUUGAAGGUCAAGAGAUACUUGGCCCAGCACCAUCCUGAUGCGCUAGAUUUGCCUCUUAACGGCGUCAUGGAGGAAUUACCAUUCUUGUUGCGUGACACUGAGACUGCUAUUGAAGAGGUGAAGACGCUAAGAGAAUCUGGCCAGAGUGUGAAGCUCGACAAGAUCGAUGUCUUCCCAUUCUUGAGAAACGCCUUGUCCCAGGCUAUAGAGGCCGAGGCUGUCGCCGUGGAAGAAUCGGCAUAG